CGGCGAGUAGAGUAGAGGCACAUUAACCAGAGAGACACUGGCUCAUCUUCACAGCUAGACCCAUGGAAUAAUAACUAUGGAAUACCACUGGAUACUGCUGUCUGUGUUUCUACAGUUAACCUUCAAUCCAGGCAACACCAAGCCCACUAUCACCCCCGGCGUCCCCCACCUUGUCGUCUCGCUCAACGCACCCUUCGAGCUGCGAUGCCAGGGUGAGAAGGAGAUGCAGUGGCUGCGGGAGGAUCGGCCGAAGGUACGGGGAGAAAAAAAGGUCGCUGGGAUGUCCACACUGCGCAUCCCCAGGGCUCAGCCUGUUCACAUGGGCCGCUACAUCUGCCUGGAGGAGAGCUCCAAGGAGCAAACUUCCAUCUAUGUCUACGUGAAAGAUCCUGACAAUCCCUUCAGAAAAUCAAUGGUGUUCAACAUUCUCACUCGAGUGGGAGACACCGCUUCCAUCCCCUGCCUGGCAACUGAUCCAAGUCUGGACAACCUGCGCCUGGAAACAUGUUUCAGUAGAACUCUGCCCUUUGGUCUCCAGUUAUCUGCGAGCCUAGAGCAAGGCAUCACCAUCCACAACACACACAAAGCCUACGAAGGUUGUUAUGUGUGCACAGGAAGACUCAGGAAAGAGUACGUCAGAUCACAUGACUACUACCUGACAGUAAAACCAGUCCCCGUUGCUCCUCCUGUGAUUGAGUUGCAGGCAACCAAAAGAAUGAUUCUCACCCGGGAUGAGAGUCUCUCUCUCACCUGCAACACUUCUAAUGUCAACGGAGAAAUCCAGAUAAAGUGGAUCACCCCACCUGGCUCGGGUGCCGUCUGGUAUCCACAGCAACCAGCAAAGGUUGACGGUUCUUCGCGUAUCCUGACAGAGCACUUCACUCACGUGCGCAGUGCCACGUUGAACAUCGUGGGGGUCAGACCUCAAGACGUUGGGAGGUACCAAUGUGAAGCUGAGAAUGAAAAAGGGGUCAGCUCGCAGUCAGUGUGGCUCGAUGUUUAUGAAAAAGGAUUCAUCAACUUAGCACCCACAAUCAACGAAACCAUCCAUGUCCGUUCAGGCGAGAGUUUGCCCCUAAAUGUUGAAAUGGAGGCUUAUCCAAAGCCGCACACUUUCUCCUGGAGCUUCAUGGGCCACGAGCUGAGGAACACAACUGACCAUGUCAUAACCACACACAGCCAUGAAUACAGGUACAGCAGUGAGCUGAAGCUGGUGCGACUGAAAAUGUCAGAGGGUGGAGUUUACACCUUUCAAGCCUCCAACGGUGACGCUUUAGUAAACCACACAUUCACCAUCUUUGUGAUCAGUAAACCUGAGAUUGUAUCUCACGAGGGCCCAGUGGACGGACAGGUACGCUGUGUGGCGGAGGGGUUCCCUGCCCCACAGAUCACCUGGUACUACUGUGAGCAGCCCUAUGCCAGGUGCUCUCAACAGGUGAAUGCCACCCAGGAGGAGAACAAUGUCAUCACUGUCACAUUGUUCAGCCCCAUGUUUGGGAAGACGGAGGUGGAAAGUCGGGUGAACGUAAGCAGGGGACGGUUCAGUACUCUGGAAUGUGUGGCUACGGUGGAGGGAGAGCAGGCCUACACGCUCUUUUCUAUCACCGAGAGAACUGUUCCCCAUGAUCUGUUCACCCCUCUGCUAAUUGGCUCGGUAUCCGCAGCAGGCAUCCUCUGUCUCGUCCUCAUCAUGCUUUUCUACAAGUACAUGCAGAAACCCAAAUACCAGAUUCAGUGGAAAGUUAUCGAGGGCAUCCAUGGAAACAACUAUGUGUACAUUGACCCCACCCAGCUACCGUACGAUCACCAGUGGGAGUUUCCUCGCAAUAACUUGCGCUUUGGGAAGACACUGGGAUCUGGUGCAUUUGGGAAAGUGGUGGAAGCCACUGCAUAUGGACUAUCCAAAGCAGAUUCAGUCAUGACGGUGGCUGUGAAAAUGCUCAAAUCAAGCGCUCAUGCCACAGAGAAAGAGGCACUCAUGUCAGAGCUGAAAGUCCUCAGUUACUUGGGAAACCACAUGAAUAUUGUCAACCUGCUGGGAGCCUGCACUGUUGGAGGCCCUACACUGGUGAUCACAGAGUACUGCUGCUUUGGAGACCUCCUUAACUUUCUACGCAGAAAGAGGGAAUCAUUCAUCUGCUAUAAGCUUGAGGAAGACUGCCACUACCGCAAUGUCAUGCCGCAGAGAGACGCAGCUGGUGACAGCUUGAGCGGCUACAUGACCAUGAGGCCUUCUGCUGCUGGCAACCUGCCAUUCAGCUCAUCCUCUGAGAAGAGUCGCUCACUACGCAAAGGUGUCUCCUAUGCUGAAGCAGAUGCAGAGAGUGAGAUGUUUGAAGAGGAUGGUCUGUCUCUAGACACAGAAGACCUUCUAAGCUUCUCACACCAAGUGGCCAAAGGCAUGGAGUUCUUAGCCGCCAAAAAUUGUAUCCACAGAGACCUGGCUGCCAGAAAUAUCCUCCUUACUCAAGGAAGAGUAGCAAAGAUCUGUGAUUUUGGCCUGGCCCGAGACAUCAACACGGACUCCAACUAUGUAGUCAAAGGCAACGCUCGUCUGCCAGUGAAAUGGAUGUCUCCAGAAAGUAUCUUUGAGUGUGUGUAUACAUUUGAGAGUGAUGUGUGGUCCUAUGGCAUCUUGCUUUGGGAAAUCUUCUCACUAGGAAACAGUCCUUAUCCUGGUAUGCCUGUGGAUGCCAAGUUCUACAAACUGAUAAAAGAAGGAAACAGAAUGGAUGCUCCAGAGUUUGCACCUAGUGAAAUGUAUCAUAUUAUGAGGUCCUGCUGGGAUGCCGACCCCUUCAACAGACCCCCCUUCAGGAAGGUUGUGGAAAGGAUUGAACAACAGCUGACAGACGCCACUAAACAUAUCUAUCUGAACUUUAGCUCCCGGCUUCCGGUGACGCCAAGAACCAGGGAGGAGCCCAGUUCUCAGAGUGCUGCGCUUCACAGUCUCAACUCAGCUGGCAAUAACGGCGCUCCGACUCAGCCCUUACUGGUCCAGCACGAGGUCUUCCUGGAGGGGACAACCCUCAGAGCCCAACGGGUGUAAGGACCCACCCAACCUCUCUGGCUGCCUCAUAAAGUGCCUGUAAUUUUCCGCCACAAAUUUCACAACUACUGCACCCGCUCACCGCCCCGGUAGCAGCGGCAUUUGUUUGUCACGUGUUGCAGACAAAUGGUAAUUGCCAUCCAUUACCGGAAACAACAAAGGACGAAUGGCUUUUAUCAUUGUCAUUACUACUAUUGCCUAAUUACAGGGGGGACAGUUGGACUAAUGCUCCCCUACUCAUAACAAAGAACUGUUAAGGCAAUGGAAAGAGUUGAGACAUCAACCAUUACUCUAAAACUGUCAUGAAAGUACAUUAUUACACUGUUAUCUGUUUUGUUAUUUUCUGUUGUUUCUUUCAGUUACAUUUUUCCUACACAUUUCAUAAAGGUUGUUUUGUUUCUGUCUAUCUAAUGGAGAUUUUUCUUUUUACAUUUUUCAGUUUUGUUAUGGAUAGUUACGUAGCGUUUUCAUUUUGGUUGGCUGUUGCAAUUGUUGGAGGAAAAGCACAUAAGGCAUUUGAACUUCACAUACACCACAUAAUGCAGUUUUCACUCUUUUAUAGUCAGUAUUAUUUCCAACUGUUCAGAUCUAUGUUGAUAUGAAAGAGAUUUUCCGGGGGCCAAUUUAAAUAAGACACUGGUAUAUAAGCUAUUAGACAGCAUGGUCGGUUAUGCUUAGAAUCCUUAAGUGCUUCAAGUCUAAAUAUAUUUCUGCUCUUUUUACGUUGGAUGUCACUACCUACAGAGCAACUAACUGUCUACCGGAUCAGUCAACACAUUACAUGGAUCAGCCCACGGACACUUUACACAGUUGUCUUCAGAGAUAUGAGAUAAACAUGGUACGCUAGCUUUUCAUUUAUGUGCUUGUUGACUGUAUAUGUGUACAAAUCUGUAGGUAAUGAUAUUAGUCAUUGCUAUAUGAUGAGAUGGGAAACUAAACAUUUGACAAAGAAGACACUCUGAGAAGCCUGUAAUUCUUAGCAUUCACCUUACCUUUUACAUACGCAUGUAAUGCAGAUGUAUAGUUUCACAUUUUGACAGCUGGACUAUUGGAGAGUUCUCUUGUAAAAGUAUAAAUAACUUCUGGUUUGUAUGGUUUGCUGUCCUGCCACAUCCAGUGUAUGAUCUUUGUUUACAAGCAUGAGACAGGUACUGCCACUUCUGAAAUGUGUUUUCUCUGCAUUUCACCUUCUUCCCCUUCAUGAAGGACGAGGAAACGGGAACCUUUUUGUUUUGUCUGACAGGCAAUUGGUUUGUUUUAGCCCAUGCUACCGCUGUAACUCUCUAUUGUACAGUAUAUAUCAUGGAUAAAGUCAGGGUGACGCUCAUGUGAAAUGCCAUUAAGUGGUCUGCAAUAUUCCCAGAGGUGACAAGCCAGUGGGUCUUCAAGGCUCUCUCUUUAGAUGUCGACACUGGGUACAAGCGCUCAGUUUCAGCGCGUUGGUCAUCUCAUUGUUCUCCGACCAGUAGCUGGUUUCCCAGCAGUCCUUCUCUUCUUUGUCUCCAGCUGUUUCCUUCUUUAGAAGUGGGACUUUCAGCAUCUCUCAGCCAGUAGUCUGUGUCAGUCUGGACCAUUAUGAGUGGUGGAUGUUGUUGUGAAGAGCACUACUGAAGGAAAGUGUUGUGUGUGUGUGUGUGUGUGUGUGUGUGUGUGUGUGUGUGUGUGUGUGUGUGUGUGUGUGUGUGUGUGUGUGUGUGUGUGUGUGUGUGUGUGUGUUUGUGUGUGUGAGCAUGCAUACUUCUUUUAGCGUGCAUGUCUGUAUGAUUGUAGAACGAAAAUAAGUACUAUCAAGAGGUGCCACUUCUAAAGAUUCAUCAAGUCGUUUAGGCUACAAAACCCCACAGUCUUACUGCUCCGUCUGUUUGUAAAUAUAAAUGUGCAUAUAUUGUAAAGUAAGGUUGAUGCUUUUGAAGAUGUUUAUUACAAUGAAGAUGUGGUACAUUGAUGCAGAAUUUGAAUGCUGUAUUUUCAUAUGUGUGCACAGAUUUAAAAGUGUAGGUUUAACUGGAAAAGAGCUGCUUACGUCUCUGUCACUAUGAUAUCUUAAAUGCAAGAGAUUUACUUUGUUUUCAUUUUGGCUGAUUUGUCAUUUCAACCAGUUCACUUGAUAACUACCCAAGCAAAACAGACUAAACUGAUCCCAGUGAUCAUAUCUUAUCAUCAAUAUGAUAUUAAAAAUUAUAUUUCUGGAUAUUUUACAUUUCAUUAGCUCCCCUAAGUUUUUCCUGCAUUUUGGUAAAUAUUUAUUAAACCUGAGGCUUUAGUGUUACCGUGUAAAUUUGGUGUGCUGUUAAUACAUGUGUCAAUGUAAAUAAAAUUGUGUAUAUUGAUUCCCAA